UCCCUUUAGCAAGCCUCUAGUAUCGAUUUGACGUGGAGAAAGUCAAAGCAAAACAACAAAUUUCGUUUGCGAAAACUUGUAUCGAAAAUACCAAAUUUAAGUGAAUAUAAGAAAAUAAUCAGAUGAUGAAUAAAUACCAGCUGAUUGCGAUAGUAGUUGCAGCCCUUUGCAUCUGCCUGCACGCCAAAAAAUUCAAGGAAGACGAAAAACCAGCUUGGGCCAAAAAGGACAUACGUGACUACACCGAUGCUGAUUUGGAACGUCUGCUGGAUCAAUGGGAGGAAGACGAGGAACCACUGGAACCUGACGAGCUUCCGGAGCAUCUUCGACCGUCACCUCCAAUCGAUAUUUCUCAGAUGGACAUGACAAGACCCGAAGACAUCUUAAAAGCAUCAAAGAAAGGUAAAACUUUGAUGAGUUUUGUUACGGUCAAUGGGAACCCAGCCCGUGAGGAAACCGAAGAGAUCACAAAAUUGUGGCAGACCAGUUUGUGGAACAAUCAUAUUCAAGCCGAGCGCUACCUGAUUGAUGAUAAUCGAGCAAUAUUCAUGUUCAAGGAAGGUUCACAGGCCUGGGAAGCGAAAGAUUUCCUAGUCGAACAGGAGCGUUGUUUACAAGUUACAAUCGAAAACAAAGAUUACAAAGGUAAACACAACAAGGAUUCGGAGGACGAAACGAAGGAUGAACUGUAAAGCUUGGAAGGGCGUCUAAAAUGUGCAACCGAUGGCAUUUUUUUAGUUCAUAUGUGUGGAAUAAUGUAAAAUAUUCUAGGUUUAAACUUAACUUUACUGGAAUGGAUUUGACUGAAUUGAAACAAAGUUUUUUUUUCCUGAUAUUGUGUGUAUUCAGAUAUGAAUAACUGAGUAGACGAUUAAGCAUAGGCAUAAAUAAAUGAGAAAUAAACAGAACUUAUAUUUCUA